GGUUUGGGCAGUUCUCAUGUAUACCUGUCUUCCUGACUAGCUCCACCCCCUCCCAAGCGUCAGACUUCCUGUGUCAGGUGUGUGUGUGUGUGUAAACUGAGCAGCAGGCAGCAAGCACAGGCAGACGGAGAGGCUAAGCUGCUCCAUGCUCCUGAUGGUCCUCCACACACACAGAACUCUACAGAACCUCCAAAUAUGGAUUCUACACAUUUCCAAACAACUGGGAAGAGUUAAGAAGAGCAUGUGACUGCUGAGACGAGUCCCUUUUCCUCAUCCCUUUCUGUCUCUCCGUUGUCUUCAGCUCUCCUGACCUGUCUUUCUGGAACAGUACUGAACUCUAGGAUUACCUGUGCAAAGAAAAACAUUUGGGACACUACAGGAGGAGAAGAAGCCAUAAAUCCUACUCCCGCUAAACACUAGACAAAAGUCUCCCUCCAGAAUUCACCCAUUCACAGCUUGCAGGAUCCACUCACCCCCAUCACAGACAUAUUUAACCCUGUGAUGGAAACAGUGGAAGCGGAAAACAUGCUAACAGCAGUUCGUGAUGGUGUAGUAGAUGAGGUGGAAGCGGCCAUCACCAUGGCUAUCAAUAACGCAAUAGAAGCAGGGAGAGAAGAAAGAGGUGCCAUGGCAGUUGGUGACGAUCAAAUUGAAGAAACAAAUGCCACAGUGGUGACAAAUGGUGAUUCUGCAGAAAUGUUAAUCAGUGGGACACAGAUACCAUUUGAUGGGGCUGCAAUGAUGCCAAGCAGUGGUGCAACACAAAUACUAAUUGAUAGAGACAUGGAAUUGCCGAGCAAUAAUGCCACAGCUACACCAACCAUCGCUGCUACAGCCAUGCCAGCUGGUGGUGCCACAGCGAUGCCAGUUGAUGAAGAUAUGGAACUGUUGAGCAAUAGUGUCACACCUACACCAAUCACCGCUGCAACUUCCAUGCCAGCUGGUGGUGCCACAGCCAUGCCAGUUGAUGAAGAUAUGGAAUUGCUGAGCAAUAGUGCCAUAGCUACACCAACCACAGCUGCUACAGCUGGAGGUGCCACGGCGAUGCCAGUUGAUGGAGAUAUGGAAUUGCUGAGCAACAGUGCCACAGCUGCACCAACCUCCGGUGCUACAGCAAUGAUGUUCACUAUUGGCAUGGACUAUGAACCUUCAGCCCCUGAUGUGGACUUGUGCAAGGUCUGUGGGCAGCGUCACUUGCUGGAUGAGAACCAUGAGUACAACUACAAAGACGAGGUGGAUGAUGAGCUCACAUGCCACAUUUGCCUACAGCCCCUAAUCUCACCACUGGACACACCAUGUGGACAUACCUACUGCCAGGAAUGCCUGACCAACUUCCUGGUGGAGAGUGAUUUCUGCCCAGUGGACCGUGUGCCCAUCCUCCUGCAGAACUGCCGCAAAUCCAACGUCCUUGUGCACAAGCUGCUGGACAAGCUUACCGUGUUCUGCCCGUUCAGUGACCACUGUUCAGAGACCAUGGCCAGGGGAGAGCUGCAGGGACACCUCCUGAGCAGAUGUAAAGGAGCUUCACAUUACGGCCUGUCGGCUGAGAGAAAGCGGCGCUCGCAGGAAGGAGAGUGUACCGACAGCACAUCAGAGCUCGCUCUGGCAACCCUGCCCGGCGAUGGCCCCGCCUCCAGCGCCAUGGCCCUCCUAUCAGACGAACCUGGCCUCGUCAACCCUGCCUACGAGCCUGGCAUGGAGGACAACAGCCAAUCAGGGAGCACCACCAGCCUGACAACACGCAGCAACUCCAAGAAGAGUGAGUUCCGUAACUUCGACCGCUCGUCCGUGAGGAGUCGCUCGUUCCGGCGUCUGAAUAGGGCCUUCAGCGUGCUCAGGAGGACCAAGAGCGGCACGGCGGUGGUCCACGACAACACAGAGGAAAGAGACAACCUCCGAAAUGCCAACGUACCACAAGAGGUUUUUGCUCUGCCUCAGCUCCAUCAUCUCAUCCCGGAUGGCGAGGUCACCACGGUGAAGAUCACACGCUCUGACUCCUGUGAACCGCUGGCUAUCAGUAUCGUGGGAGGAAAUGAGACGCCUCUCGUGCGCAUCCUUAUCCAGGACAUCUACAGAGAAGGAGUCAUUGCCCGUGAUGGAAGACUGCUGCCUGGAGACAUGAUCCUCAAGGUGAACGGUAUCGACAUCACUAACGUCCCGCACUGCUACGCCCUGGCGGCGCUGAAGCGCCCCUGCAUGCUGCUCAGGCUGACCGUGCUACGUGAACAGCGGCAUCGUUACCGCGCGCAUCACCAUCACCAUCAUCACCACCAUCACCAUCACCACGUGCCUCAGCCGGGCGAGCUCCUGUACCCGGGCUCCGGCGGCAGCGUGAGGGACGACAGUCUGCACGUGGUGCUGCUGAAAGGAGCGCCCGAUGAGCAGCUGGGUAUAAAGCUGGUGCGGCGACCCGACGAGCACGGCGUCUUCAUCUUCCACCUGCUAGAAGGAGGUCUGGCUGCACAGGACGGGCGUCUGCGUAUCGACGACCGCGUGCUUGCGAUCAAUGGACACGACCUGCGAUACGGUGCUCCUGAGCAUGCUGCACUGCUCAUACAGGCGAGCGUGGAGCGAGUGCACUUCAUCGUGUCGAGGCAGACUCACAUUCCCGGUCCGGAUAUACUGCAGGAGGCGCCGUGGAACAUGGAGGGACCGCCACCCUACUCUGCUGUGGACGUGGAGCAGUCACUGGUGGAUUCGUGCCAAAAGACGGGGUGUUACGAGAAGACGGUGACUCUGGUUAAAGAGCCGAGCGAAUCUCUGGGCAUGACCGUAGCAGGAGGAAUGAACAGCCGCGGCUGGGACCUGCCCGUCUACGUCACCAACAUCGACCCCAACGGCGUGGUGGCUCGUGAAGGAUCGAUCUGCAAAGGUGAUAUCCUGUUGAAUGUGAACGGUGUGGAACUGACCGGUGUGACUCGAGGCGAGGCGGUGGCUAACCUGAAGAACACCUCGUCCCCCGUGGUGCUGCGUGUGCUGGAGAUGAGACCUCCUGACAUGAGCUCUGUGGACUGCAUGCCCCCUGCUGUGUCCUCGCCGUCCUCGCCUGGAGACGUCAAAAUGCCCCCGCCCUGCGAGGAUUACUCCCCCAUCUGGGUAUCCUGGCUCCAAUUGCCCAGACACCUGUACAGCUGUAAGGACAUCGUGUUGCGCAGGAGCACAUCGGGAAGCUUGGGCUUCAGUAUCGUAGGAGGUCAAGAGGAGCUCAACUGCAAUCAGUCCUUCUUCAUCCGCUCCAUCGUGGAGGGAACGCCGGCGUACAACGACGGCAGGAUACGGUGUGGGGACAUCCUGCUGGAGGUGAAUGGGAAGAGCACAUGGGGAAUGACUCACACUGCUUUAGUGCGCCUGCUGAAGGAACUGAGAGGCCGUAUCACUCUCACCAUCGUCUCCUGGCCUGGCAGCCUGCUAUAGACCUAUGUUACACGGAGGGAGGGGCUUAUUAUUACAAUGACCCUAGGUUGGAGGUUGGAGCGUCACACAGUCCCCGCCCACAAUGAACGGGCUUUUGGACAUAGGCAAGUCGUAUGAAAUGGACCGGCGCCGUAGAACGUGGGGCAAGGUGCUUUGGCCUCGUCCAGGAAUGAGGGACUGACAUGGACCUCAGGUGCUGAAGUUUGGCGGCGUACGGUAUGAUAGACUCUCUUCACAUGAGGACGAGGUGUUGGCCAUUGGUACGAGAUCAUCCAGUGUGUAAGGUGGUUCAGGUUGAACACCCAAGAGUCCAUGUGAUUUGUCCUAUUGCCAUAAUUUCACUUGGCUGCCUGUGCACUCGAUCGCCCCCAGCUUCCCUGAUAUCACCAUUAAGGCACAGGAAGUCGACUCCUGCACCCGCUGUCUCUGACGCCCCGUACCCGAGGAGCUGAUGAGGAAAAAUAGAAAGCACCUAGAAGAACCAUGAUCACACGUUGUGAUAAAAGUGUAUAUAAAAUACUACUCUGUGGGCAAUGUGCAAAUAUAUUUCAUAAGUGUGUAGCUGAUUUGUGGUGGAAGAGAAAGGACUUCUGGGAUACACUGAGGUUCGAGUUCCGGGUUGCCAGCGCCGUUAGUUUAGAACACGCUUUUCAGUGGACGCACAUUUCUUUCCUGUUAAUGUGUGUGUGUGUUUUUUGUUGUUUUUUUUUUGGUGGAAGGGGUCAUGGAGGGGGGUGCAAUUCAAGCGACCGUUUUCUUUCACUUGUUUGUUUAUUUCUCUCUGUUCCUAUGGCCUUUUUCUGAUAUCGGCUUCGCUUUGUUUGCUCUGAGAGUAAUGCAUUUUCUCCAUCCAGUGGAGAAAGUAGGGUUUAUUUUGUCUGUGUUGGUAUGUUCGGUAUGUUUCAGAUUGCUGUUGCUGUUAUAUAUUUGAUGAGUAUUAUUAAAAAUAAUAAAAAAAUAAAUAAAUAAAUACAUAAAAGAAUGAAAUUGAUCAUAAAAAAUAAUAUAUGCUCAUAAUGCUCUUUUGAAA